AUGAAGAUCACUUCGUUCGGUCUGGCAGCCAUUGCGCUCGCCUUGAUGGCUGACAACACCGAAGCGCUUCCUGCGAUUCGCAACUACAAGGGUGUCUCGCCAUACAAGGCUCGCAACACGGUCAAUCCGCGCAUGCCAGCUAUGAAGGAUCCUCGUCAGCUCUCAGGUGCGCGUCGCUUGCGACUCAGCUCCAACGAGCAGCUCGAAGAGACGUACCUUGAUGAACUUCACUAUAUCCCCGUCAAUGGUCCUGAGUCUUCCAGCCAGCAGUUCUGGAACAAUGUCCAGCAUCGUCUCGAGUCGGCCAUUGACAGACUCGACAAAGCUACCUCGAUGCUCGGUGUAGGCAAUGCCAUCUCACCCUACAAGGCUGCCAACGCCGUCAAGAGCGCUGCCAAGUCGCUCGGCUUCUCGUUCAGCGUCAACAGCCACGCCAACCAACACAGCUCGUCGCCCGACUUUACCUUUAACUUGAACGUCACCGAGCCCAUGUCGUGGGGUGAAGAGGCGGAUCUGUCCGAGGCUACACGCGAGGAUGCCGUCAUCAACGCACCGAAGGUGCUUCCCAACUUGCCCAAAGACUCGGGUUUCGACUAUACCAACGACAAGGUUCGGGGUGUCAACCUUGGCAACUGGCUCCUCUUUGAGGGCUGGAUGGACAGCUCGCUCAUGCAAGCGCUCAACGAUCACGCCAUCAACGCGCCUUAUCCCAACCCUAUCAUCGAUGAAUGGACUGCCGGUCUUUACUCGGACCCCGGCUGGGCUGCCUAUGUCCUGCAGAAGCACUUCGACGAGUGGAUGACAGAGGAUGACUGGAAGGCGAUCAAGGAUGCCGGUCUCAACCACGUGCGUAUUCCCGUGCCUUACUUCAUGUUCAAGGAGGCCGUCGGUCCCAACGCUCCCUAUCUCACCUUGAACCGAUUCGCCAAGCUCAAAGAGGGUGUACAGAUGGCCAAGAAGUACGGUCUCAAAGUGUGGAUCGACCUUCACAGUGUACCCGGCUCGCAGAACGGCUUUGACAACUCGGGACGCAGCGGUCCCAUCAACUGGGCCAACAACCCUGCGUACUACACACAGACCCAGUACGCUUUCAACCGUCUCGUCACCGAGUUCACUCACUCGGAUUACGAUGGUGUCGUCACUGCCAUUCAAGCGGUCAACGAGCCCAAGGGCAAUGUGGUACCUGCUGUGCAAAAGCUGCUCAACAAGUACUACCCGUGGGCGCGCAACAAGGUUGCCAUCCCCGAUGGUUGGAACAAGUACUCGAACAUGCUGCUAGCGAUCCAUGAUGCCUUCCAGGGUCUGCAGUACUGGCAGAACUUUUGGACGGGGCGUGCUCGCCAUCGUGUUCUGCUUGACACACACCCUUACUUUGUCUACAGCGACUGGGAGCACCAGGCUACCGAUACGCAACGACUUCAGGAGGCGUGCAACCUGGUUUCAAGCUUCGAGACUUCGCAAAAGUACUACCCUUCGAUCGCUGGUGAGUGGGGCGUCAACGGACCCAACGGUGACCGUGCUGCGGACCGCGACCUGCCGGUUGGACCUGUCAAGUUCCCUCCGGGACCCGACUACCCAUACUCGGUCAAAUACAUGGCGUUUAUGGCGAGGAACUUUAGGACGCAGCAAUUUGUCUACGAGCAGGGUGGUGGAUGGAUCCUGUGGUCGUGGCGCAACGACAACAACCCAGACUGGUCUUACAAGACGGGUCUUCAGUACGGCUGGAUUCCCAAGGAUCUCGACGACCAACCCUACGGCGCCAACCCUUGCUCUUGCAUCCCUAGCUUGAUCCAGGCUGCUCAGAACGGUACUGCUCGACAGAGCUGGGCUCAGUACGAGCUGACUGGUGAGAUCUACUAA